CGCUUUACAGUUCUUCGCUGGAGCUUGCCGUGAACGGUUCGGUCGCGCGGGAGUACUAGUUGGCUUGUGGUGAAAAGGUCGCGCGCGGAUUCGAGGUUGUUUUUGUCGUUUGCGGACGGUACUUAAUCAACGUGACGUCAUCGUUUUUUGCACACAGUAACUCAAACCCCAUUUUGCGUGUGCUUGUCCCGUUACCCAACGCACACUUGUUGCCCCCCCGUGGGUGGUGGUGGUGGAACUCAUCGAACUCACCGCUGCUGGCACCAAACUGACGGUCGGACGGCAGACAUUGCAUUUCGGGCAACCAAAAUGGAAGCUCAUCCGAUGGACGAGUUUUGCGGAUCCAAAUUUUGGGAUUCCAACGUGACAUGGUACACGGAAGACCCGGACCUGACGCCAUGCUUUCAGCAGACCGUGCUCGUGUGGGCGCCGUGCACCUUCCUGUGGGCCUUUUCCGUCAUCGAGCUGUGGUACCUGCGCAGGAGUCGCAACCGAGACGUGCCCUGGAGCUGGGUCAACCUGGCGAAGCUGGGCGUGGUCGGUCUGCUGGUGGCGCUGACGCUGGCCGAUCUGAUCAAGGCGUUCACCAAGCAGGGUCCGGUGGAAGCCGUGUACUUCUACACGCCCGUUAUUAAGAUCGCGACGUUUGUGUUUGCCGCCGCCCUUAUCUACCUCAACAAGUUCUACGGCAUGCGGACGUCCGGUUUGUUGUUCCUGUUCUGGUUCCUGCUGACGGUUUGCAGCAUCCCAAGGUGUCGAACGGAGAUCCGUGGCCACCAGAGCCGCACCGAGUCGGAUCCGUGGGCCGAGUAUCAGUUCGUGAGCUUUAUGAUUUUCUUCGCCGCAUCGUGCGUAAUGUUCCUGUUGAAUUUCUUCAUCGACAAACCACCGCGAGAAACGAAGUAUGAGAUUACCGACAAAGACUGCCCCGAGCUGUCGGCUACGUUCCCCUCGCGCUUGGUGUUCGGGUGGUUCGACAAACUAGCGUGGACGGGCUUUAAGAAGCCACUGGAAAAUGACGACCUGUGGAACAUGAAGCCGGAAGACGCCUCGAAGGAAGUUUCGCCGCUGUUUUUGAAGUACUGGAACGAAACGCUCGAGAAGACGUAUCAGACGCGAGAUGUGGACGACGUUACCAGUUCUGCUAGCUACAAGAAACAAUCGGCUCAAGUGGACUUCAAAACCAAAAAGACAAAGAAGAUCGCGUCCAUUUUGCCCGCUCUGGUGAAGGCAUUUGGACCGACGUUUGCGUUCGGAUCGUUUCUGAAGCUGGGACAGGAUUUGCUGACCUUCGCCUCGCCGCAGAUUCUUCGACUAAUCAUCAAUUUCGUCGCCGGAGAUGAGCCGCUGUGGAAGGGAAUUUUCUACGCCCUGCUCUUGUUCAUGGUUGCCGGAACGCAGACUCUGCUUCUCGCCCAGUACUUCAACCGGAUGUUCUUCGUAGGACUUCGCAUCCGUACGGCUCUGAUCAGUUCCAUCUAUCGGAAGGCGUUGAUCAUCUCGAACAGUGCCCGCAAGUCAUCGACGGUCGGCGAGAUCGUCAACCUGAUGUCGGUGGACGCGCAACGCUUCAUGGACCUCACCACGUACAUCAACAUGCUGUGGAGUGCCCCGCUGCAGAUCGCCCUGGCGCUCUUCUUCCUGUGGGAAAUUCUCGGCCCGUCCGUGCUGGCCGGUCUCGCCGUCAUGAUCAUCCUCAUCCCCGUCAACGGUGUCAUCGCGAACAAAAUCAAAACGCUGCAGAUCAAGCAGAUGAAGAACAAGGACGAGCGUGUCAAGCUGAUGAACGAGGUGCUCAGCGGAAUUAAGGUGCUCAAACUGUACGCUUGGGAGCCCAGCUUCGAGCAGCAAAUCCUGAAGAUCCGUGACAAAGAAGUAAAGGUGCUCAAGUCCGCUGCCUACCUCAACGCGGGAACGUCCUUCAUCUGGUCCUGCGCCCCUUUCCUGGUGUCAUUGGUCACAUUCGCAACCUACGUCCUGGUGGAUGAGAAUAACGUCCUGGACGCCACUACGGCGUUCGUCUCGCUGGCACUCUUCAACAUCCUUCGGUUUCCGCUCUCGAUGUUGCCUAUGCUCAUCUCUAACAUGGUGCAAACCAGCGUUUCGGUGAAACGUAUCAACCGUUUCCUGAACCAAGAAGAACUGGACCCGGAAAACGUGCAGCACGACGAGAAGGAGUCUUGUCCGCUGGUCAUCGAGAACGGUGUCUUUUCGUGGGGUGGCGAAGAAACCACCCUCAAGAACAUCAACAUGAAGGUGGAAAAGAACGAGCUGGUUGCGAUCGUCGGUACGGUUGGUUCGGGCAAGAGUUCCGUGCUGUCGGCGUUCCUGGGCGAGAUGGACAAGGUCUCCGGGCGGGUCAACACGGUGGGGCGGAUCGCUUACGUGAGCCAGCAGGCGUGGAUUCAGAACGCGACGCUGCAGGACAACAUUCUGUUUGGCAAGCCGAUGGACGCCAAGCGGUACCACAAAGUGAUUGCGGCGUGCGCGUUGAAGCCGGACAUUGAGAUGCUGCCGGGGGGUGAUCAGACGGAAAUCGGGGAGAAGGGAAUUAAUUUGUCUGGAGGGCAGAAGCAACGCGUUUCGCUGGCUCGGGCGGUUUACAACGAUGCGGAUAUUUACUUCUUGGACGACCCGCUGAGCGCAGUUGAUUCGCACGUUGGAAAGCACAUCUUUGAGCAGGUUAUUGGGGCGAAUGGAUUGCUGGCGAAGAAGACGCGGGUGUUGGUAACGCACGGCAUCACUUAUCUGCCGAAUACGAACGAGAUUUACGUGCUGAAGGACGGGGAAGUGUCCGAGUCCGGGUCGUACCAGGCGUUGAUGGAUAAGAAGGGUGCCUUUGCGGAGUUUUUGAUCCAGCACCUGCAGGAGGUCAACGAAGAGGAGGAAGACAUUGACGAAAUCAAGGCACAGCUGGAGUCGGGCGUGAGUAACGAGGAGUUGAAGCACAAGCUGGAGCGGGCGAUUAGUCGGCGAUCGCGCAGUGGAAGCACUUCGGAUGGUGGAUCUGGCAAUGAAUCGUACUCGCGGCAGGCGUCCGACAUUGGCGGAAGCAACUCUAGCUUGAGGAAGCGCACGCCGGAAAAGAAGGCCGUCGAGGAACCGUCGAAGAACAAGUUGAUCGAAAAGGAGACGUCGGAAACGGGAAGUGUCAAAUGGGAGGUUUACAAGCACUACCUGAAGAGCAUCGGACUGACGCUGUCGGUGGCCACGGUCUUCUUGAACAUGGUGUUCCAGGGCUUCUCGAUCGGUUCCAACCUGUGGCUGUCGCGCUGGUCCACGGAUGCUGCGGCCGAGAACGACACCAGCGUGCGGGACAUGUACCUCGGAGUGUACGGCGCGUUCGGUGCUGGACAAGUGUUGACCACGUUCGCGGCGUCGAUCUCGUUUGCGCUCGGGGCGCUCAAAGCGUCCCACGAGAUGCACGUGAUCCUGCUCCGCCACGUGCUGCGCUGGCCGAUGGAGCUGUUCGACACGACCCCGUUGGGGCGGGUGUUGAACCGGUUCGCCAAGGAGGUGGACGUCAUCGACAACACGCUGCCCUCGGUGGUGCGCGCCUGUCUCGUCAUGAUUUUCGGGGUGGUAGCCACCCUGGUCGUGAUCACCAUCUCGACGCCGAUCUUCUCGGCCGUGAUCCUGCCGAUCGGCAUUCUGUACUACGCCGUGCAGCGCUUCUACGUGGCCACGUCGCGCCAGCUGAAGCGGCUGGAGUCGGUGUCGCGUUCGCCGAUCUAUUCGCACUUUGGCGAGUCCAUUCAGGGCGCGCAGACGAUCCGCGCGUACAGCGUUCAGGACCGGUUCAUCGGUGAGUCGGAGGCCCGGGUGGACUUUAACCAGGUGUGUUACUUCCCCAGUAUCAUCGCGAACCGAUGGCUGGCGGUGCGGCUGGAGAUGGUGGGUAAUUUGAUCAUCCUGUUUGCGGCACUGUUUGCCGUGAUGGGCCGGGAGACGAUGAACCCCGGGUUGGUGGGUCUGUCGGUGUCGUACGCGCUGCAGAUCACGCAGACGCUCAACUGGCUGGUGCGGAUGACCUCGGACGUGGAGACGAACAUUGUGGCCGUGGAGCGGAUCAAGGAGUACGGAGAGACCAAGCAGGAAGCCCCGUGGGAGCUGCAGAACAGUACGUUGCCUAGGGAUUGGCCGGAACAGGGACGGGUGGAGUUCCAGGACUUCCAGGUGCGGUAUCGCGAGGGGUUGGACCUGGUGCUGAAGGGAAUCUCGUUCACGGUUGAGGGCGGGGAGAAGGUUGGAAUUGUUGGUCGGACUGGGGCGGGCAAGUCCAGCUUGACACUGGCGCUGUUCCGGAUCAUCGAGUCCGCCGGGGGAAAGAUCAUCAUCGACGGGCAGGACAUUUCUCAGCUGGGACUGCACGCGCUGAGAUCGCGUCUGACCAUCAUCCCACAGGACCCAGUGCUGUUCUCCGGCACGAUGCGCAUCAAUUUGGACCCGUUCAACGUGCACUCGGACGAGGACAUCUGGACGGCGCUGGAGCAUGCCCAUCUGAAGGCGUUUGUGAAGGGUCUGACCGCCGGAAUCAACCACGAAGUUACGGAAGGCGGUGAGAACUUGUCCGUUGGCCAGCGGCAGUUGAUCUGCCUGGCGCGAGCGCUGCUGCGCAAAACCAAGGUGCUCAUUUUGGACGAAGCCACUGCGGCGGUGGAUUUGGAGACGGAUGAUCUCAUUCAGAGAACCAUCCGCACCGAGUUCAAGGACUGCACCGUGCUGACGAUAGCGCAUCGGCUCAACACCAUCAUGGACUCGGACAAGGUGAUCGUGCUGGACAAGGGCCAGAUCACGGAGUACGCGGCGCCGGGCGAGUUGCUGCAAAACAAAUCCUCGGCCUUCUACAGCAUGGCCAAGGAUGCCGGAUUAGUGUAAUUAUUUGUUUGAGUUUGAGUUAAUUUUUUGUUUUGCUGGUGCAAAUCGCUACUUAAUCCGUUUGUACUUUAAAACUCACACAUAGCUAGGAUCAGAAUGUUGGCAUUUCUUUUUUGUUUUGUUUAUUUUUCGUUUGUUUGCAACUAACAAGAGUGUUUAUAUCUACUUACCGGUAGUGUGAUCUGAUACACUACACUCAAAUAAACCAAUCAGCCAAGGUUAUCGAAAUUCUUGUACUUAUUGCACGGGUAAAUUUUUCAGUAUUCCUAUCAUUCCCGGUCGAAAUUCAAAACACUGAGAUUUCAAACCAUGAUACGUAGGAUUCCUUUUAGGCAAAGUACGCUUAAUUUACACGCAUGAUAUUCGUUACAUUCUACAAGAAAACAAAAAAAACAGAGAAGCUUGUAUUACUUAAUAGCAGAAACUUGCAAACAUCCUGAAGCCAAACACACUCAUACCACUACUAAGAGACACACAAAACCACACAAACAAAUGUGUUCAGAAACAAAGAGGCACUCAGCAUUUUCAGCCAUAGUGAAGUACAAAAAAAAAAUCCAUCGAAAAUCAGUUUGAACAACACACAGAACAAACAAAAAAAACAGUACAUUUUUCCCUUUCUCCACUUAGCAGAAGAAGAAGGAUAAGAAAAAGCCAGGAAGUUACUUGAUGGCGCCAAGCGAGAAGAUGCGCAAGACCUCAAGCAAUGGUGCGCACUUUUUCGAUUUUUGAAUUACACCUAAUAUUGUUUUAGAAAGUGCCUUCGAAAACCCACUAUUACUUUGUAAGUGUUUGUGUGUGUGUAUAUGCAAGACCACGCGCAGUAAACCAAUAAAAUGUACGUCUGUUUUUAAUUGAGAAA